AUGAGGAAUUUCUCUGCACAGAAUAUUUCAUUUGCAGACUUCAAACUGGUUGGUUUCUACAGUCUGGAAGAAUGGAGGCCUUUUUUAUUCAUCCCUUUCUUCCUAAUGUUCAUAUUGUCAAUCUUUGCUAAUUCUAUUCUUAUAUAUUUAAUCAUAUCACAAAGAUCUCUGCAUUCUCCUAUGUAUGUUCUAAUUGGUCUUUUGGCGGUUGGGGACUUCAUAUUGCCUAUUUUGUUUGUACCUCACAUGCUUCUUAGCUUUUUAUUCAAUUGGAAUGGAAUAUCUCUGACUGGUUGUUUGAUACAAAUGUUUGGUCUUCAUUUCUUUGGAGCAUUUCAUUCGACUUUGCUUUUAUGGAUGGCAAUAGACCGUUACUUUGCGAUAUGCAGACCUCUUUAUUAUCAUAAAUACGUGGAACUCUCUAACUUUCUUAAGUUUGUUGUCUUGCCAGUCAUCAGGAAUGCAGCAUUUGUAAUGUCUGUCGUCAUUCUGGCUGGAAAUCUGUCAUUUUGUGAAACAAAUGUUAUUGAUCACUGUUUUUGUGAGCACAUGGCACUGGUUCAGUUAGCCUGUGGAGAUAUAUCCAUUAAUAAUUUAGUAGGACUUUUGACAGCUUUCCUUAUACCAGCUGCAGAUUUUAUUCUAAUUUCUGCUUCAUAUAUUGUGAUUUUCAUCUCAGUGUUCAAAUCUGGUAAGGGUCAUAUGAAGGCCUUUAAUACCUGCAUUACACACCUGAUUGUUAUUUCAGUUACUUUGACUUUGGCCAUGACCUCAUUUCUGUCUUACAGAACGAAAAAUAAUUUUUCACCUGAUAGUCAUGUAUUUGUAGGCACAAUGUACAUACUUUUCCCAAGUUGUUUUAACCCUAUUAUUUACGGAGUAAGAACAAAGGAAAUAAGACUAUUAGAAGGCAUGUUCAGCUGUAUUCUGUUCACGCUAAUCCCAAUAAAUACUUAA